CAGCCGGGAAACCGGCGAGGUCGGUUCCGCCCGACUCUGACAUGGCGGCGCCCUUUGUCUGCUCUGAAGUGCCGUCCCCGGCCUCCUCGCGGCCGUGAUGCACCUCUUUCAGCGGUGGGGUCCGGGACAUGGCAGGUAAUGAGUGGGAGGAGGAGAGCCAAGCUGGAGUUUACCCAAACUGUCAGGCAAGAGUAGCCUGGGCUACUUGGAAAUCUGAGCCAUGGAUUUUCCCCAGCACAGCCAGCACGUCCUGGAGCAGCUGAACCAGCAGCGGCAGCUGGGGCUUUUGUGUGACUGCACUUUUGUGGUGGACGGCGUCGAUUUUAAGGCCCACAAAGCAGUGCUGGCGGCCUGCAGCGAGUACUUCAAGAUGCUCUUCGUGGACCAGAAGGACGUGGUGCAUCUGGACAUCAGUAACGCGGCAGGCCUGGGGCAGGUGCUGGAGUUCAUGUACACGGCCAAGCUGAGCCUGAGCUCUGAGAACGUGGACGACGUGCUGGCCGUGGCCAGCUUCCUGCACAUGCAGGACAUCAUCACGGCCUGCCACGCCCUCAAGUCACUCACUGAGCCGGCCGCCAGCCCCGGGGACAAUGCGGAGGCCUUGGCCACGGAAGGAGAGGACCGGCGGGCCAAAGACAAGAAGGCUGCCGCCGCCGCUGCGCUGAGCGAGCUGGACGCUGCGGGAAGCAGUCCACCUGCAGGCCCAGGCAGGGAGCCCAAGGAGGAGCGAGGUGGUCAGGCCGAGAGCGCGGCCAGUGGUGCAGAGCAGACGGAGAAGGCCGACGCUCCCCGGGAGCCACCGCCAGUAGAGCCCAAGCCCGACCCCACCAGUGGCAUGGCUGCCGCUGAGGCCGAGGCGGUCCUGUCAGAGAGCUCGGAGCAAGAAAUGCAGGUGGAGCCGGCCAGGAAAGGAGAAGAGCAAGAGGAGGAGGACCCUGUGUCUGCUGUGGUCAAGGAAGAGGGGCCGCAGCUGGACAAGGGGGACGUCCCCGAGGAGAGCGAGGAGUCGGCCAGCACCGACUCGGGCCAGGAGCUGGGCGCAGAGACCCGCGGCCUGCGCCUGGGCUCCUACGGCGACCGCACCGAGUCCAAGGCCUACGGUUCCGUCAUCCACAAAUGCGAGGACUGUGGGAAGGAGUUCACGCACACGGGGAACUUCAAGCGGCACAUCCGCAUCCACACGGGCGAGAAGCCCUUCUCGUGCCGGGAGUGCAGCAAGGCCUUCUCCGACCCGGCGGCCUGCAAGGCCCACGAGAAGACACACAGCCCGCUGAAGCCGUACGGCUGCGAGGAGUGCGGCAAGAGCUACCGGCUCAUCAGCCUGCUGAACCUGCACAAGAAGCGGCACUCGGGCGAGGCGCGCUACCGCUGCGAGGACUGCGGCAAGCUCUUCACCACGUCCGGCAACCUCAAGCGGCACCAGCUGGUGCACAGCGGCGAGAAGCCCUACCAGUGCGACUACUGCGGCCGCUCCUUCUCCGACCCCACUUCCAAGAUGCGCCACCUGGAGACUCACGACACCGACAAGGAGCACAAGUGCCCUCACUGCGACAAGAAGUUCAACCAGGUGGGGAACCUGAAGGCUCACCUGAAGAUCCACAUCGCGGAUGGGCCCCUCAAGUGCCGAGAGUGUGGGAAGCAGUUCACCACCUCAGGGAACCUGAAGCGGCACCUCCGGAUCCACAGCGGGGAGAAGCCCUACGUGUGCAUCCACUGCCAGCGGCAGUUUGCUGACCCCGGCGCCCUGCAGCGGCACGUCCGCAUCCACACGGGCGAGAAGCCGUGCCAGUGCGUGAUGUGCGGCAAAGCCUUCACCCAGGCCAGCUCCCUCAUUGCGCACGUGCGCCAGCACACUGGGGAGAAGCCCUACGUCUGCGAGCGCUGCGGCAAGAGGUUCGUCCAGUCCAGCCAGCUGGCCAAUCACAUUCGCCACCAUGACAACAUCCGCCCCCACAAGUGCAGCGUGUGCAGCAAGGCCUUCGUGAACGUGGGGGACUUGUCCAAGCACAUCAUCAUCCACACUGGAGAGAAGCCUUACCUGUGUGACAAGUGCGGUCGUGGCUUCAACCGGGUGGACAACCUUCGUUCCCACGUGAAGACUGUGCACCAGGGCAAGGCAGGCAUCAAAAUCCUGGAGCCAGAGGAGGGUGGCGAGGUCAGCGUAGUCACUGUUGACGACAUGGUUACGCUGGCCACCGAGGCACUGGCGGCAACGGCCGUCACUCAGCUCACAGUGGUACCAGUGGGGGCUGCCGUGACCGCCGACGAGACGGAGGUUCUUAAAGCCGAGAUCAGCAAAGCUGUGAAGCAAGUGCAGGAAGAAGACCCCAACACCCAUAUCCUCUAUGCCUGCGACUCUUGUGGGGACAAGUUCCUGGAUGCCAACAGCCUGGCCCAGCACGUGCGGAUCCACACAGCACAGGCGCUGGUCAUGUUCCAGACAGAUGCGGACUUCUACCAGCAGUAUGGGCCGGGCAGCACGUGGCCGGCCGGACAGGUGUUGCAGGCUGGGGAGCUGGUCUUCCGCCCUCGGGAUGGGGCCGAUGGCCAGCCCGCUCUGGCGGAGACGCCCCCCACAGCCCCAGAAUGUCCACCGCCUGCCGAGUGAGCAGGCAUCCCUCCUCCUGACUGUUUAUUUAAGGAUGGGUGGCCCCGUUCACUAGAGAGAAUAAAUUUGAUUAUUUUCUAAUGCUGCCUACAGCUCCCUGUAGGGGUGGGGUGGGGAGCUGGCAGCUGUGGCUGAUGCCACCAAGGGCUGCUCCACCCAGGGACCAGCUGGCAGAGAGCUGCUUCUUGGGAAAGCCAGGCUGUCUUUUCUGCGGAGUGGGACUGGAGCCCUGGGGCCUGUCUAGAAGCAAGCGGGCUGUUUUGCCCAAGCCAGGGUGCAGGCAGCAUUCCCAAGCCAGAGCGUGGCUCCGUGCGCCCCACCCCCUCGUGCAGUCACCUCUUCGGAGGCUUCUCACCUGUUUACCUUGAGGAUCUCACCUACCCUCUGCCACGGAACACAGGUGCAAGCCAUCUUCCCAUUCUGCCUGGGGGUUAGGAGCUGGGCCAGCAGGGGCUGGGCCACACUACUUACCAGGAUCCAGGCAACCCAGAGAGCCCAGCUCAUGGGCCAUUCGGCCAGAGCAGCAAGGCAGGCAGAGAGAUCCAGGCCCGACAGGCCAUGGGCCCAGUUCUGUUGGCUUCGGAGAAGCGGGAGGGCUCCACGCAUACUUGACAGUAACCCUGGCCCGAGGAUCAUGGCCAGGCCAGUGCUACCUUUUAGGAACAUAUACUUGCCCUGAAUCAGUGGAGCCUGUGCCACCAGGUGAGGGUCUGGAGGGACAAGGAGCAGCCAGGAGCUUUGAUGGGGAGAUGGGGGACACAGCACCACUCGUACGAGGAGGAGCAGGGAACUGAGAUGUGGUCUCUGCCUCUUCCCCAUACAGUUCGCUCCCAGCAGCUGUCAUCUCUUAGAGAUGGUAGCUUCUCACAUCAAAAGUGUAGGUGUUCAGAGGAGCCCCGUGCAUAUUGUGAGGUCACCAACUCCGUGGCCGUUCCCAUCCCUGCCCAAUUCCUCAGCGUGUAGCACUUCCGGCCGCAGGGGAAGCCUGGCCCUCUCCUGUCAGCACCACCUCGGGGCCAGCCUGCACGACACCCGGAGGAGGAAGGGCAAGGAGCCGACACCAAAGAUGUCUGAGUUUGCACGGGGGGUGGUUUUACCUGUAGUGCCUUCCACAUUAUCCAAGAACCAACCAGAACCUUCAGGUGUUGCAGGUAUUUUCACCACCACGGCACUGACAAAGGGUCCACACUCAGUCUGCGACGAAGAUCUCUUUUGUAUGAGAUACAGUGAUCCUUGGGAGGGUUAAGGGGCGGAGGGGAAUAGGUCCUCUAUCCAGACUGGAAGAAAGCAAAAGUGAGACUAGAGCUAGCUAGUCCCACAAGCCAAGGACACUGACUUGGUCCUCCCACCCAAGUGACAACCACAUCCACACUUGACAUGUUUUGUAUUUUUUAAUAAAGUUCGUAAUCCAAUGGACACACAAAACAAAACUGCGCUGAGAAAAACAGUUUCAUAAAUUAAAAAGUGUUAGGAAGUUGUGGGAGAGGUCAAGGUCACAUAGGAAGUGGGAAGCCAGUCUUUUUGUAGUCUGUGUGUGUGUGUGUGUGUGUGUGUGUGUGUGUGAGAGAGACACUUCCAGAGAGCGGGGGCAGGGCCCGUGCUGUAACGAAGCGCACUUAUACAAAUGAGUGACAAUACAAAGUCUGAGUAUGAAAAUAAGAUUUUCUCUGAAAACACAUUUUUGGCACAGAUUAAAAAAAAAUGUAUGUCAGGGGAAUUUGAUUUUUAAGUCAGUAUUAUAUAUAUUUAUAUAUAUUAUAUAUUUAUAUAUACAUACAUCCCAAGUUCUGCACAUCCCACCAUGAAAGAAAAUCCUUCGGUUUGCUCUUUUUUCGAUUGUAAGCUGUACAUCCUGGGUGAAUCAAAGGUGGUGGUGGCAGGAGAAUUAAGAAAGGUGACAGCCAAAUGAGCAAGGGGAAGAGAGGGUGUAGGGACAAAACAACCCAAUGAAAUGUUCCUUGACCCCAAGGUUUCAGCAGAAGUUCGAGUCCUGCGUUCAAGUCCUGAUGUGCGCUCAUGCGCUCCAAGACACCCCGAGUGCCACAGCCUGUCUUCACUAUACGCAAGUCCGAGUCACUAAUUUAGUGCAAAGGCAGUUCAGUUUUCUUGUUUCUUAAAAACAAAAAA